AUGGGUAAUCCAGCCCGACGCUUUCCAAAUGAUACACACAUACUAGGUGAUUCUGCAUUCCCUUUAAUGCCAUGGUUGCUUGUGCCAUUUAAGGAGCGCAUGACUCAGCCGCUUACUAGACCUCAACGACAAUACAAUAAAGUACAUUCAUCUGCUCGCAUGGCU